GUUUGCUUCGGUGAAGGUCCAGAUGUCGAUCCAGACUCACGUGAUGACGUAGACGUCAUGUGGACCGUUGACGUAGCAGCCGAAUUUGUCGAGCAACAUUUGAUAGGAGUUGAAAACAGACCAAGUAUAGUUGAAUACUGCAUAUAUACAGUAAGUAUAAACCUUCACAGGUACUGGUAGACGGACUGUAAGUUAAAGACCCGAUCCUUAUCAUGAAAUUUCCGAGCAACGGAUACCUCAAAACAAAGGACACCAUUAGUAUAUUAGUAUAAAUAACAAACUACAUGCAUGAAAGCGUUAUCCCACGCAUACAUAUAUGUAGACAUGGAAAUUUGAAAACAUAUACUCAAAAAUCUGGCAAAACACUUGACUAUCACCGUAUCUUGCAAGCUUCUCUCGUGAUUGUCUGUCACUAUACGUCUAGAAAGCGGAAACCUCCAAACAUCGGACAUCAAGCUUUGGUCCCUAUAUAGGUAUUCAUUUAUACAGAGCUUGUACUGUGAUAACUUUAUAUUAUACAUAAGAAGGAGUUUAUAUAUUAAAGGAUUUUGACUAGCUAGAGGUGUGUUACUAAUUAAUUCAGGAAUAGAAGGAAACCGCAUUCCAUUAGAUUAGACUAAAAUCUAAAGCCAAGAAUGUUUUUACAGCCAACACCUGAUGGGACGUGUAUCUUGGACAAACAUCCUCGUUUCAAGAAUAUCAUUGUCGGAGUUGGAUUUUCUGGUUAGUAACUACUAAUUACUUAUAGUUACUCAUGUACUGUGCCUGUAUAUACGCGCAUGUAAGUUUUUAAUUGACAAAUUUGGCUAACAUUGUUUAAUCCAUGUUACCCAAUUCACAAAUCACAACUUCAGAUAGUUUAUAGUUAGUUACUAUAUCGUUCUAGUUUACAGAAGCAUAGAGUAGAACGAGGUAACUACAGGGGCGUAGGAACCGGGGGGGGGCCAUGCCCCCCCCCCCCAAGUUUUGGCAAGUGCCCUUUUUACAGGAGCAAAGUGCCCUUUUUGUGCCUGAAAAUUUUUCAUAAAAUUCGCAGUUUUUGUCCAAACGAAACUUUUGAAAACUGUAAUGUAGGUUUUUUUCCCGAAAAAUGUUUUAGUUUCCGAUAAAAAUAUCAUAUAUUUGUUUUUCCGGAAAAAAUUUUUAGUAUUUAAGGAAAAAUAUGGUAUGUCCGGAAAAAUUUUUUACCCCUAAAAUGGUACACUACUGACCGAAAUUUUUGUGACAGAGAGGUCGUCCAAAAUUUUUUUUGAGAUGCCUUUUUUUUGAAAGUGCCCCUCAAAGCCUGGCCCCCAACUUUUCUAAGCUUCCUACGCCCCUGGGUAACUAUAAGCAUCAGAAUUAUGUAUUAGAUUUAUUCACUUAUUAUAAGUAGAUAAUUUUAAAGUGUAGUUACUUACCUUUCUUCUAUUCUAUUACUUGGAUUACAAACCCUAAAAACAGCAUUCUAAUAUUAAUUUCACCAAGUGGAGUGCAAGAAACCAGAUCAUUGAAAUCCACCUUAUCACAACCCGCACAGCCGACCACCUAUAUAUACAUGAACUUACUGUUACAUGCAGCUUAACAGCUGGCCUCUGUGGCUCAGUUGGUUAGAGCACUGCACCGUAAUCGUAGGGCCGUAGGUCCAAUUCCUACCAGAGGACCUUGUGCUGCAUUUUUUGCAGUCGUUCCUGGUCAGGUCUUAAAGUGUAUAAUUAUAUAUACUCACUUGGAUUACAAACCCUAAAAACAGCAUUCUAUAACAGCUAUAAUUAUGCAGUGAGUUCUCUAAAGUUAUUAAUUGGGUUUAGUAUACGUUAUAAACAAGCGUUAGCCAAAUUUUUCUAUCGCUGUGUGAUCAACACGACUGUAUAACAUUCAUAAACCAUUAGUGGAUUCUAUGAGCCUUUACAUCUUUGCUAUAUAAUAGGUCAAGAGGAUUAUCUCAAUUUUAGGAUAUGGAUUUAAACUUGCUCCUGUUUACGGAAAGAUUCUGUGUGAACUUGCCUUUGACUUGGUUUGUUCUUACGAUCUACGAUCGUUUAGACUAGACAGGUUUGAAAACCAACUUCCAAAGUCUUCAUUGUAA